GAGACGUGAGAAAGCAGCAUUCUCUGAUGUCAAUGGGUGUGGGAGUGGCCCGAUGGCCUGCUUUUAAUUAGUUGGGAGUUUAGAUGCUGAUAUAGUAUGCAGCGGAGUUAGAUAAAGCUAUAACUGUGAACGAUCGAUCAGUAGAGAGCUGAGGUGAUGUUCUGAAUAUUCUUUGUUUAUUCAUACAUCCACCCAUGCUGUUUCUCUCGCGCAUCAAUCGUGACUGUUUCCUGCUGUGCACUCCGUGCGAACACAGGUGAGACCUCGUGUUUCAUUACUUUUCACACAAUUUCCUCCUGGGAAAGAAGGGUGACGGAGCGAAAAAUAGAGCAGAAGCAAUAUGAAGGGCAUUUUUAUUCUCGCAGCGAGUUUUAUUCUAAUGGAUUGCAAUGAUGCUCAAAGUCCUGCGAAAAAGCCCACACACGACCAAUAUCUGGCAAGAUACGGCUACAUGGCGAGCUAUGAUGGAACACCCCCACCGAAUAAAAAGAAAACUGCGAUCGAGGAAUUUCAGACCUAUGCCAAACUGCCUGUGACCGGUGUGAUGGACGAAGCGACAAUCGCAAAGCUCACUGGUCCGCGGUGUGGAGAUCGCGACACAAAAAAUACUCCUCCUCGUUUGAAGCGUUAUGUAACGCAGGGUAGCAAAUGGAAAAAACUGGAUUUGACUUGGAGUGUGCAUGGCUCUCCUCAGCCGCGCGCGAAGAUUUCGGCGUCAACAGUGAGAGUGACCAUGGAAAAGUCAUUCAGGAUGUGGAAGGAUGCCAGUAAAUUGUCAUUUCGACGUUUGGCUGACAACGAUAAUAGCGCCGACAUAAUCGUCAAAUUUGGAGUUGGUAACCAUGGUGAUUUUUAUCCAUUCGAUGGCAGAAGCGGCACUUUGGCACAUGCAUUUUAUCCUGGCAGUAAUACUGGAAUAUCUGGUGAUAUACAUUUUGAUGACGACGAAAUCUGGACUAUCAACGGCGAACAAGGAACUACGGACUAUACAUGGACCGCCUUACAUGAAAUUGGACAUGCUUUGGGAUUACGUCAUUCUCGUGAGGAAAGUGCUAUAAUGUGGCCAUGGUUCACAGGAUAUAAACCAAAUACAAGAUUAACACGGGAUGAUAUUAAUGGCAUCCAGGCUAUUUAUGGUAGACCUACUACUGGAACCGUCACGACACGACCCCCGAAAUCGGAAGUUUGCGAUUUCCGGAAAUUUGACGCCAUUUUCUACGAAAGUCGUACACAAAACACCUAUUUCCUCAAAGGAGAAUACGUAUGGACCGUCGAUAAAAGCAAGAAAAUCGCAAGUAAACAAUUGAUCAGUACGAAAUGGCCGGGAUUAGAGUCAAAUUUGGACUCCGCUUAUGAGAGAGUUUCAGAUGGAGAUACUAUCUUCUUUAAAGGAAACAAAUUUUGGCGGUACCGUAAUACGAGGAGAGUUGAGGGACCAAGCGUGUUAUCGAGGUACAUAAAAAAUCACCGCAAAGUACAACUACGCAAAAUUGAUGCAGUUAUGAUAUGGAAAGGCUCAAAUAAUCCUCUGGUGUAUUUCUUCACUGGCAAUUCCUUCUGGAGAUAUGGCGAGGCAAAUAGAAAGAUCCUCAAAUCGAGCCCACGAUACCCGAAGGGGGCCAGCAAAUUUUGGCAUAACAUUCCUUUUCCCGUUGACGGUAUCUUUACAUGGAGAAAAGACGUCACAUAUUUCUUCAAGAACGGAAGAUAUCACAAAUACCGUGCAUAUUCUCUGGGCAGAUACAGGGGAUAUCCCGUGAAGAAACAUUUUAUCAGAAGCUGCCGAGGAUAAGAGCAUUUUAUAUAUACUUAAAAAUGUUAUUAAGAAUUACGACGUGCAAUUUCAUGGCAAUAAAUGCCAGCCAAAUUAUAUAUAGUCAUAGUGUAUGGGAAACGAUAUAUGACAGUUUGUUUACACUGCAACGGCUUAUAAAACCACGGCAGUAUAAUAGUUAUUAGACUUGGUCACCUUUAUCAACGUCAAUAAAUGAAUUUGGUGUGUAAAUUUAAGUUAGCGUAAUUAUGUCCUAAACUCUUGUUUUGCAUGAAAUCAUGCAGGUAACAUUCCGACGCAGUAUAGUCCGUUUUGACUAUAGUUUAGACAUAGAGUAUACUACUAUAGCCAUAGAUAUAUCAAUUUAAAUUUCAAAUAGCUAAGGCAAGCGCUUAAAACUGGGAGAGUUUUGAAGAUUUACAUUAUACGUCACCCGUUAAGGGUGAUUUGAAUAAGGUUGUUAAUCAGAUUGCUUUCACUGCCCCGGAAAAUUACAUUUACGAUUUUAUGCUGCAAAUGCACAUAAAACGGGUUUCGAGUCGAUUCGAUAUUUUCCAAACCUAAGAAUACAGCAAAAUUAUAAUUAACGUUAUAACCUAACCUGCGAAUAGGGCUGUUACUGAUAGCGUGGCGUUAAGGGCGUCACAGUGAGGAAACGUGCUUAGUGUUUUUUCUUAUCCUUCAUUUAAAAAGAUGAUGCAACGAAUAAACAACCACUAUAGCUUUUCCCCUUUGCCUCGCAAUGAGAAUCCAUUGAGGUAGACUGGAAGGCACGCGUGUCUGUAGAAAUUUUGGUAUUU